AUGGCUGCUCUCGUUGCAAUUCAAGAAGCGCUUCGGCCGCAUCACCUAUGGUAUUUGCUGGUUGCCGCUCUGCUUGCGGCAGUUUCAGCACUCGUUCUCGAUUAUGCCUGGAUGCUGAAUAUGCGGCGGAAGAUGCCACCCGGCCCAAUGCCAUGGCCGAUCGUCGGGAAUACAUUCCAACUACCCAAGAACAAACCUUGGAUCUACUUUGAGGAGAUCUCGAAGAAAUUAAAUGCACCAGUGAUCACCUAUUGGAUAGGGCGCAAUCCCACAGUCUGGAUCAACGAUGCAUAUGCUGCCAGUGAGAUCAUGGACAAGCGAGCAGCUAUCUAUGCAUCUAGACCGAGGAUGCUCGUCUUCGGUGAGCUCUCGAUGGGCCAGUCCAACAUUGUGUCCAUGUACUAUGGCGAUCGAUGGAGAGUCCAUCGUAAGCUCACCCAUAUGGGCGUUGGACUGCAACACGUACGUAGCUACAGCGGCUUUCAGAACAACGAAAGCAAGGUUGUGGCCCUGGACUUGUUGAAAACACCUGACAACUAUGUCAUGCACUUUGAAAGAUACGCUGCAUCAGUCGUCUCAAUCAUUGGCUUCGGACGAAGAAUCAGUAUCCCCGAGGACCCUAUAAUCACCGAAGUCAUUGCAGUCAUGCAACGAGCAGCUGAACUCAACGUGCCGGGUACGACAUUCCCCAUGCUGUUGGAAACAUUCCCGAUACUUGCCAAAUUUCCAAAUUGGAUGGCUCCUUGGAAGCAUGGACUCGGUGGUGGGAAAGGCCGAGGUCGGAAUUUCUACUAUGCUCUCGCCGAGGAGGCUGUCAGCAAAGGCGAGCAUGAGAAUUGCUACGCGAAGAAGAUCUGGGAUGAGGCUCCCAAGUACGGUUUGACCAAUUCCGAAAUUGCCUCGUUGACUGGCAAUCUGUUCGGUGCUGGCAGCGAUACGUCAAGCUCGACAUUGGUCACGUUUACCCUGGCCUGCUGCGCUUUCCCCGAGGUAUUGCCAAAAGCUUGGGAAGAGCUUGACCGGGUGGUUGGACCCUACAGAAGCCCGAGUCUCGACGACGACCUGCCUUACAUUCGAGCCUUUGUCAAGGAGGUCUUCAGGUGGCGAUCUGUUGCUAUUAUUGGUGGCCAACCACACGCUCCCAUUCAAGAUGAUUAUUACCAGGGCUAUUUCAUCCCGAAGAACACCUGGGUCCAAGGCAAUGUUUGGGCCAUCCAUCAUCACGAGCGCGAAUUUCCCGAGCCGGAUCGCUUUUGUCCUGAACGCUUCUUUCCAGAUCAUCCACUGCACAGGCCCUUCCCGAAUGACAAGGGCUACAUGACCUUUGGUUGGGGUCGACGCGUCUGCUCUGGCCAGGGCCUUGCUGAGCAAGGCACCUUUCUAUCCGUGGCCCGCUUUCUGUGGGGCUUCAAUAUCGAGAAGGCGCUUGAUGCUCAGGGCAAUCCAGUCCCCGUUGACAUCUUUGCUUACACCAACGGACUGAACAUGCGUCCAGAACCGUUUGACUGCCGAUGGACGCCUCGGAGUAAGGAGAUCAAGGAAACAAUUGAGCGGGAAGGUAGACAGGCGCUGCAGGAACUCGACCAAUAUGAAGGUGAGACACGAUAUCGGAUGAGUACGUUUUAUCAACAGCAGAAUUGGGAUCAGGGUGUGCAGAACGAGAAAGCAGGUUGA